AUGUCAGUGCGUCCUCUCCUUUGCUCCGGUUCUGGAACGGAUGAGAGUGACAGCGCAAGUCAGAAGCGCGGGGAUGAUGACGAAGAACUAGUAGGACCAGCAGGGGAAGCAGUCGAUUCGGGCGACACCGAAGGGUCGGAGAGCCCAGAUGAAAAUGAGAAGCAAGUGAAACCGUACUUCCUCAGGCCAAAGAAGCCAGAGACCGAGCCAGGGGUCACUCUGGACAUCGACCGAGCCCCAUCAGCCCCGCAAGUUCUUGAUGUGGUGGUCUGGGUGAGAGUCGAUAGUAUCACUGCAAUUGACCUAGAGAAACAAAGCUUCACGGGAGACAUGUGGCUUUUUCUCGCCACAGCAAAAGAGUACAAGAAAGGCGACACCGAGAGAGAGAACAUCGUGAAAUUUUUCGGGAGCUUUCCAAUCGACAAGGACCAUAGCGAAUAUUGGGGUGCGAUUCAAAACCAGGUCACUGCGGCUGCCACCACUGAUCAUCCAAAGCCUCAUUUAUGCAAAGGUGGUGACAGAGUGGGCUUGGCCUGGAGGCUGUCGGGCGAGUUCUCUGAAGCAUGGGAGUUGGACAACUUUCCUUUUGAUUGCCAAGACCUCACGGUAUCCAUCAUGAUCCGGUACCCCAAGGAGCCUGGCAAAUAUCAGAUGAGGUUUGUGCGAGACAGUCAUCGGGACAGAACAUCCUUUGUCAGGGACAAGAAUUUCCCGAGCCUGGAGAGAACUUGGGACUUUCCGGAAAAGCUGAUCGUUUGGUCCAGAGACGUGAACCAUAUGAAGAAUAUGAAAAAGAUGAAAAAAUCGGAAAUCCGUGCUGUUUCAAAGGAGACUACUUCAAACAAAAAGGACAUUGAAAUGAUGCGACAAAUUCUGCAUGUGACCUUGCAAGUGCGGAGGAACCCAUGGUACUAUGUCUCCAACAUCGUCGUGCCAAUGUUCUCCAUUGUUCUUUUGAGUGGAAGCUCCUUUGUCAUACCUGUAGAGAAAAUUCAAGAUCGCUUGUCAGCUAGUUUGACCUUGGUGCUGACAGCCGUGGCCUACAAGUACAACGUUGUACAGACUGCGCCUCCCAUCGGCUACCACACAUGGCUGGACUGGUACGUGCUGAUGUGCUAUGUCGCGCUCUUUUCAGUUGUGAUGGAAAACUGCAUUUCGUACAUCGUUUUCUGGCAUACCCAAGACCAGAAUACCAAAGAUUACCAGCAGACCAAAGGCUACCAGAACCAUGUUUCCAUUGAGCGCUGGGUGGUGUUCGGUAUGUCCAUCGUGUUCUUCGGCUUCAACCUCAAAUUCGUGCGCGAUGCAUAUCGUGCCAAGUCAUUGCCAAGCAGAGUCGCCCGGAGACUCAAAGAAAACAAGGAACGUGAAGUUCCAUGGCUUGAAGGCUUUGAUGUGCUUUCUCCCCGCAGCGCCUGCAGUAGUUUCUGUCCUGAACCACAAAGUUCCGACGAUGAUUGAAGGACCGACGUUUGUUCGAGUCCAUGUGAACAAAGAUGACCUGCUACACAUUUUGUGCAGCGAUGACAGUCGGGACGAUGGCC